AUGAAUCUGAACCCAAGUCUACUUCUCAACAGCGGUCACACGAUUCCCCAGCUUGCCUUCGGCACCUUCGAUGCAAUAAGAGAAUCGAAAGGAAACAUGACUAGAGCCGUUGAAGUGGCCAUGAGUGUGGGAUAUCACCACUUCGACUGCGCCAUGUUCUAUAGAAAUGAGAAGGAGGUGGGUGCCGCGAUAGAGUCAUCUAUGAGGAAGUACAACGUGAAGCGUGAGGAUAUUUUCGUAACCUCAAAGCUAAUGUGUGAAAAGCAUGCACCUGAAGAUGUGCGCAAAUCGUGCGAGACCUCGCUUGCAAAUCUUGGCAUGCAGUAUUUGGAUCUUUACUUGAUACACUUUCCGACGUCGUUCAAAUACAAGGAGGGUGUUGAAUUCGAUGUCCAUGAUCCAAACUCAAUCGUAUUUGAAUGUUGCAAACUGGAGGAUACAUGGAAGGCCAUGGAGGAACUGGUAUCUGCUGGACUUGUGAAGUCGAUAGGCGUGUCGAACUUCAACAAGAGGCAAAUGGAAGUCAUAUUGGAAGCAUGCGCAAUCCCACCUGCAGUAAAUCAAGUUGAGGUGAAUAUUCACUGGCUCAACACAAAGCUGAUUGAGUAUUGUGAGUCGAGGAAGAUAGUGGUGGAGGGUUAUGCACCUCUGGGAUCUCCCGGUCUCAUGAAGGGCAAGGUGAAGUCGCUGCUGGAGGAGGAGAACGUUGUUGAAAUCGCACGCAAACAUGGGAAGGCGCCAGCACAGGUGCUGCUGCGCCACGGACUGCAACGUGGCAUCGUUGUAAUUGUCAAAAGUGUCACUCCAGAGCGCAUCAAGGCGAAUUUUGAUCGAAUCACCCGGAAUAUCCGUUCCACGAGGAGUUCUGAUGGUAUGCUGUCCUCUUUCUCCACACGGGCAAUCGUGGCUGAGUGA